GUCCAGUAGAUGGCAGUAAAUCCCUUUAAAAAAAAAGCUGCAGGCCACCCACAACAGAACAAACGAAGAAGACGCACCUCCGUGUGUCACACCUUUAACAGUCCCCCCUGCCCCCCUCCUGCCCGGAUGAUCAUCACAACAGACGUCGCUGGAGAGAAGCCGUCGGGGUGGAGCAGCCCAGCUAAUACAAACCAAAUCUCCGCGGCACCAGCUGUUACAGUGACCAUAGGAACCGCUGCUUUUAUGGCUGGUCUGUCUUAUUUAGUGCUCCGAUUCUCGGGCUCCGCUGGUCGGACCUACGGAGUGUUUUCCAAAGGAUUGACGAGGACUUUGUUGAUAUUUUUUGAUCUCGCAUGGCGGCUGCGAAUCAGAUUCCCCUACAUCUACCUGGUCGCCUCCAUGAUGUUUAAUGUGAGAUUGCAGGUCCACAUUGAAAUCCACUGAGUCUCCAGUGCCGGCAUGCGGACUUAAAACUAUGAACAGAGAGCACUGGCACGUUUGAGCCAUUAAUAAUUAAAAAACAUUAAAAACAACAACAACAAAGCACUGGGUCACUGCGCCACGGCAGCAUGGACGAACAGCACGCUUGUUUUUCCAGUGUGGAGAGGCAAAAGUGACGCACUUCUGGAGCGUGGGGAUGUGUGAAGGAGGCGGUAGAAGAUGCCCCCCGGCGGCCCUCACUGACUGACUGACUCAGGAGCUGCUCAUCCAAUCCUAGAAGUUUUUUUUUUUUUAACUCUGCCCUUUCUCUCCGCUCUCUGGAGUUCGGCGUGGAUUUGAAAAGGGGUGAAACCUCGUAGCUCCUCUUCAUCGUCUGACGUGUGUGUUUAUCGGACGCUCGGUGCAAACAUCUCACAGAAAAUCAACCGGUUCCAUUUUGACUAAAAUUUCACCGCAUUCCACACAAAACAAGUGUGUUUUUUUUUGUUGUUGUUGUUUUAACUUUGCAGUUUUGACACUUUAUUUAAUGCUGGCAGUAGACGAAGGUUGUCGUGUUUUAAAGGAGUUCUGUUGGCGGGUAACGGUACAGCUGCUACAACUGGAAAUCUGCAGUCUGGAAGUGCAUUAUGUUUGCAUGUGUUUGUGUUGGCGCACACAGGUUUUUAAGCCUCACCGGUUCGUGUUCUUCUAUCAGUGGCACUGGAGGGUGAAUGGAAAAACGUAGCAAAACAAUUUUUUUUUUUUUUUUUUUUUAAGCUACAUUUGGCUCAAGUUUUAAUCUCUGUGAAAUAUGUGUGUGUGUGUCUGACGGAGUCUGAGGUUACAGAAAUGAGAGGGAGAAUGUUCGAGCUUUGGAAUAAAUAAAUUAAUGAAA